UUUCCUUUUUUUUUUUUCUCUUCCCCCCUUCUUCUUCCCUGCAAAUGCCCUUCUUCUUCGCUGCAAAUGCUUUCCCCUUCUUCUUCCCUGCAAAUGCUUUCCCUUUCCUCCGCAACCACCGCCACAACCUCGCCAUUGCAGAAAUCAGAACCCUAAAUCAUUCGCAGAAAUUCAUUCUACAUACACGGUAAGUUCUUCAAUUCAAAGGCAAAAUCAAAUUGAAGUUUCAAAAAAUCGAACUAUCCCCUUUUCCUAAAUGGAAGAAUUGGGCGACAACGGAAAACCCAGGAAACUCGUCGCCACUACCUCUCUCCAAAACAACAACCAACAAUGGCGUCCUCAGCUCUGGAAGAGAGCGUUUACAUAGCGAAACUCGCAUAACAAUUCGAGCUUUACGAGGAGAUGGUUGAGUUCAUGGAGAAGGUGGUUACCGCGGCUUCGGAAGGGGAGGAGCUCACGGUGGAGGAGCGAAACCUCCUCUCCGUCGCCUACAAAAAUGUCAUCGGAGCUCGUCGUUUGAUCGAGCAGAAGGAGGAGAGUCACGGCAACGAAAACCACAUCUCUGUCGUUCGCGACUACAGAUCUCGCAUCGAGAAGGAGCUCUCUGACAUUUGCGAUGGAAUCUUGAAGCUUCCAGAUACUAAGCUUGUUUCUGCUGCAAGUUCCGGUGAUUCCAAGGUGUUGUAGGGGAGGUGGGAAGGAGACGAGAAUGGCAGUGAGCAAGGGGGGCAGCCAUGAAAAAACCAUCUCUCUCGCCGGAAAAUCAAAAUCCGGUAGAAUCCUUGAGGUGGGUUAAUGGAAGAAGGAAGGGGAGAGAGAAAAAAAGGGUGGGUGAAGUGUGGGUCAAUGGGUUAAUGGGGAUUAGGGGGUAAUUAGGGAUUAGGGAGGUUAAUUAGGAAUUAAGUGGGUAAUUAGAUCGUAAUUGGUUGAUUAUGAGGAUGAUGACGUCAUGAAAGGAUAUUUGGGGUAUUAAGUCAUUUGUGAGGGGUAUUUUAUGUAUUUCUGAAACUUGAUGGGCGUUUGGUGAAUUACGCUAAAACUCGGGGGUAUUUCAUGAAAUAUCCGUUAAAUAUAUUAACGGUAAAAAAUGAGUGUUGGACAAACAUGCCUGAAAAACGUGUCAAAUAAAAAAAAAUGGAAAUAGUAUACUGUAUACAAGUUGUUUCUUCGAUUA